CCGGCGCACAGCUCGGUGCACAGCUGACUUUCCGUACUUACAAAGCAAGUUUUAUCAUUGCGACUAUCUCAUAUAGUAUUUAUUUAUACCUUAAGUGGUCGUGUGAUGUUGAAAAUGUCUUCCCAGAUUGAGACAAUAGUAAAUGCUUACAAAACAUUGUCAAAAAUCCCCACCAUUGCUGGAGGCAGGUUGAACAAUGCAGGCAAUAAGAUAACCAGCGUGCAGUCCGUGCGGAACAUAGACAAGGGCAAGAACAGCAAAUAUCUGUAUAACUAUGUGUUGGACGACAACUUGAAUGUUCUUUCUAGAACGGAUUAUGGAGUGGACGUUAGUAAUGAGCUACUAUCAGCCGUCUCACCGAAGGAAACUUUCAAAGCAGUGAUCCGUGAAGAAAAAGAUAAUAAGGACACUAAGAAGCAAUACUUGGAGAUUUGGAGGCUGAAUGCCGGGCUGACCAACUGUAUUGAUCUCACUGCAUUGGAUAUACAUGGAGAUGUCUAUGCUGAUUCCGAAUUUGGUAGCCUGGAUUGGUCGCAGGAUGAAACAGCGGUAGUUUACGUUGCUGAAAGAAAGUUGAAGAAAUCUGAACCUUAUAUCAAGAGGAGUAAAGCUGAGGAUGCGUCCAAGUCUGGAGGAGGCGACCCCGCGCCGAAAAAGGGAGAGGAGUACGUGUACAGACAAGACUGGGGCGAGCAAUUGGUCGGCAAGCACCUCUCCGUGGUCGUCGUGUGUAAAAUCGAGACGGAAGCCUUCACUGUACUCGAGGGGCUGCCGGAGAGCUGUUGCCCAGGACAGGUACGCUUCGCGCCAGACGGCAAGAGCGUAGUGGGCGUGGCUUGGGAGACAGAGCCUCGCCGUCUCGGCCUCAUCUUCUGCACCAACCGGCCCAGCUUCAUUUUCGACUUGACCUUGGACGGCAAACUUACAAAACUUUCUGCCGAGGGCAAGGCAGUGCGCUCCCCUCGCUUCAGACCAAACGGCGACUUGAUUUGGCUCCAACGCGCUGCCGACGGCCCGCACCAUGCUUGCCACGCGCUAGUCAUCAACAAGAAAGGCCAGAGCGAAGUAUCACCGAUAAUAGACAUAGUCCAAACGGAAAUCGCCACGUCUCAAAACAAGCCAUUCUACGGACUGUACAACCAGAGCCUGCCUAAGAACUGCUUCACCAAAGAUGGCGCUAGCAUCGUGUUCAGCACGCCCAGCGUGUGCGAUGUGAAGACAUACACUGUUGAUAUCGAAAGCGGCAAGAUAGCUGAGAUAGCUAGCCCCAACUCCCGAUCCGGUUCGCUGGCUGUACUGGAUGUGAAGAAUGACGUCAUCCUAGCUUAUUUCUCCGAUAUGCAGACACCGGCACAGUUAUACGUGAGCAAGUUGCCAAGCGCAGGGAAGGAAGGAGAGAUAAAAUGGAAUGCCGUAAGCGAAGCAGUGAAGGUUCCAGAAUCGCUGGCUAACUCCACCAUUCACUAUUUGACCCAUAAGCAUGAGAACACGGAUGACGCCGUCAAGACGUUUUCCUCGCUGUACCUGGCUCCGAAGUCCUCCGACAAACUGCCGUUGAUCGUGUGGCCGCACGGCGGGCCGCACUCUGGCUUUGUUAACGCCUACUCGUUGGAGGCGGCCCUUUUCAACAUGCUGGGGUUCGCGGUGCUGCAGAUAAACUACCGCGGCUCCACGGGCGCCGGCGAGCAAAGUGUCACCUUCCUGCCCAAACGCGUAGGGACAGCAGACGUGGCCGACUGCAAGCUGGCCACUGAUGAAGUCCUUACAAAGUUCAAUAUCGAUGCUAAGAAGAUUUGCUUAGCUGGCGGUUCGCAUGGAGGGUUCCUCGUAGCUCAUCUGAGUGGACAAUAUCCGGAGACGUAUUAUGCUGUAGUCAGUAGAAAUCCGGUCAUAGAUGUCGCUAGCAUGUUCAGCCUUAGUGACAUACCUGACUGGUGUGCAGUAGAAGCCGGUUUCCCCUUCACCGAGAAAGGCCAGCCUUCCGAAGAGGAACUGAUAACCAUGAGGCGUUGUUCGCCACUGGUCCAUGUACAUAAAGUGAAGGCUCCGACUGCUUUCAUGUUAGGAAAGGGGGAUAAGAGAGUCCCACACUAUCAGGGACUUGACAUGGCGAGGAGACUGAAGGCCAAUGGCGUUGAGACUAGAGUGUACAUGUACGACGACAACCACUCUCUGUCGUCGCUGCCGCACGAGAUGGACCAACUCAUCAACAGCGCCAGCUGGCUACUGGAGCAUUUACCCUAGACUGAACCGCGGAAAUGGCCCGACGAACACCACUGAUACUUUGGAAAUUGUCAAACUGCCCAAAAUGUAAAAAAAUAUAUUUAAUGUAUUAAA